AUGAGCUUAGAACAGGUACUUAAAGCACAGGAGCUGGACUUGGCCAGGGAAGCUGAAGUUGCUCGGGUUCUCAAUUGUGCUUCAGGUGACUACUAUGCUAUUCUUGAAUUGAAUCCAUUAUAUGAACCUGCUUCUUUGGACAGUAGGGUGAAGAGGGCAUUCAAGAAGAAGUCAUUGCAAAUACACCCAGAUAAGGUGAAACACGAAGAUGCACCCAAAGCGUUUGAUUUGUUGAAAAAAGCAGAGCUGGUUCUCUCGGCAAGUGAAGACGACGAGGACGACGAGACUAAGAAGAAGGUGCUGGAAAAGAAGGCUCUCCAGGAGAUAUAUGAGACCAUUGCUAAUAAUCUAGAUAUAGAUGUGAUUGAGGAUUUUGGCAGUCGAGAGAACGCUUUGGUUAGGGAUAAAGUGAGCCAGACUUUGGAGCACCAGAAGAAGUCGGUGGAGGUGGAAAGACUAUAUCAGCAGAGAGAAGAUGCACAGAGGAACGAAGAGGUGAAGAAUGCUGCUAACGAUAGAGAACUACGAAAGAAGUGGGAAACAAGAUGGGAAAACGAUCGAGACUCCAGAGUAGAGCUGUGGAGAAAGUAUAAGGUGGAUAAGAAAAAAAAGAAAGGGAAGCCUAAGAAGGUGCUAGUAUAG